AUGAGCCCAUGCGGACGCCCCCCCCCCCGCUCUGCUGCUACCAUUGUGAGGUGAGGAUAGGUGGGCGGGUUUGGUCUGCGGUGAGGCCCUGGGAGCCGGCCUGGACACGACACCUUCACUGAACCCCCUCAGCGUUUCAGCUGCCAGGGGGGACGGCACAUGCAGAAUCAGGAAGACAAGUCCUUGAUCACUGGGGCUGGUUAAAUGUUGGAAUAGAAAAUUAAAACAACCAUAGUACAGAAGAUUACGUCGUCUCAAGACAUAGCAGACAGAUGAAUCUGUUCAGACAAGCUCAGUUUCAAUAAUUAGUUAUCACUCCAUGGAGCCCCACAGCAAUGACGACAUGAACUUGAAAGAGGAAACCACACAGGUGUGGUCUGAAUCAGCUGAGCAAGAACAGAAUACUGCUCAGGUCCACUUUGUCCCUGAAGGUGGAACUGUGGCUCAGAUUGUAUACAGCGAUGAUCAGGACCGUCCUUCGCAGCAGGUGGUCUACACAGCCGAUGGCACGUCUUACACCUCUGUGGACACUUCGGAGCAUACGCUGGUUUACAUCCAUCCCGUAGAAGGCACUCAGACUUUGUUUACAGACCCGUCCCAAGUGACUUAUGUCCAGCAGGAUGCAGCCACGCAGCAGGUGUCAAUACCAGUGCACAGCCAGGUUUUGCCUCCUAUGGAGGCCGUGGAUGAUCCUGGUCCUCUAGAACCUUUGCACAACCCAAUGGGUAGUAUGGAAGCAAAAGAGGAAAACGAUGAGGAUGAGGAUGAUGAGGAUGAUGAAGAGGAUGAAGAAGAGGAGGAGGAGGAGGAGGAGGGGGAAGAUACAGACAUGGAAGAAUGGGACCCAGAUCCACCCCGCCCCUUUGACCCCAAUGACCUGUGGUGUGAAGAGUGCAAUAAUGCACAUGCCUCGGUUUGCCCCAAACACGGACCCUUGCACCCAAUCCCAAACCGGCCAGUGCUGACAAGAGCAAGAGCCAGCCUCCCCUUAGUGCUUUACAUAGACCGAUUCCUGGGAGGCGUGUUCUCCAAACGACGAAUUCCCAAGCGCACCCAGUUUGGCCCUGUGGAAGGACCCCUGGUUAGGCAAUCAGAACUUAAAGACUGCUAUAUCCAUCUCAAAGUGUCCCUGGACAAAGGUGACAGGAAAGACCGGGACUUACAGGAGGAUCUCUGGUUUGAGCUAUCCAGUGAGGCUCUUUGUAAUUGGAUGAUGUUUGUACGCCCAGCCCAGAAUCACCUGGAGCAGAACCUAGUAGCCUACCAAUAUGGCCAUCAUAUUUAUUACACUACAAUUAAAAACGUUGAGCCCAAACAGGAACUAAAGGUGUGGUAUGCUGCCUCAUAUGCAGAAUUUGUCAAUCAGAAGAUCCAUGAUGUAUCAGAGGAAGAAAGGAAAGUUCUCCGAGAGCAAGAAAAAAACUGGCCGUGUUACGAGUGCAACCGACGGUUCAUGAGCUCGGAACAGCUCCAGCAACAUCUCAAUUCCCAUGAUGAGAAGCUGGACUUCUUCAGCAGAGCAAGAGGCAGAGGUCGCGGGCGAGGAAAGCGAAGGUUUGGACCAGGCAGGCGACCGGGCCGCCCUCCUAAAUUCAUGCGCUUGGAAGUAACCAGUGAAAAUGGAGGAAAAUGUGCAGAAGAGACGCAGGACUUGCUGCAUUUCUCCAACAAGGGGCAGUUUGAGGAGGCUGGGCAAACCACGCUGAAUGGACUGGACCAACAGGAACAGACGCCGGUGCCACCAGAGACGCCGUCCCCGUUGGAUCAGCAGCCUGAGAGCCACCCGUUGCAGCUCCAGCCGCACGAGCAGACUGUGGUGGCUACCCAGAGCAUGAUGACAGCAGAUGACAUGCGGCGAGCCAAGCGCAUCCGGAACGCAGCUCUUCAGCACUUAUUCAUCCGGAAGUCAUUCCGUCCCUUCAAAUGCCUGCAUUGUGGGAAAGCGUUUCGUGAUAAGGACAAGUUAGAUCAGCACUUACGGUUCCACGGGCGGGAAGGAAAUUGUCCUUUGACCUGUGACAUCUGCAACAAAGGCUUUAUUAAUAGCAGUGCCCUGGAGAGUCACAUGAAGUUUCACUUGGACCAGAAGACCUAUUCCUGCAUUUUCUGCCCCGAGUCCUUUGACCGCUUAGAUCUGCUGAAAGAUCAUGUGGCAAUCCAUGUUAACGAUGGUUGUUUCACUUGCCCUACCUGUAAAAAGCGCUUUCCAGAUUUUAUCCAGGUGAAGAAACACGUGCGCAGCUUCCAUUCAGAAAAGAUUUACCAGUGUACGGAAUGCGAUAAGGCUUUCUGCCGCCCUGACAAAUUGAGGCUCCACAUGCUGCGGCAUUCAGACCGCAAGGACUUCCUGUGCUCUACGUGCGGCAAGCAGUUCAAGAGGAAAGACAAACUCCGGGAGCACAUGCAAAGAAUGCACAAUCCAGAAAGAGAAGCAAAGAAAGCAGACCGAAUUAGUCGCUCCAAAACAUUCAAGCCUCGGAUUGCCUCUACUGAUUAUGAGAGCUUCAUGUUCAAGUGUCGGCUCUGCAUGAUGGGUUUCCGGAGACGAGGCAUGCUGGUGAAUCAUUUAUCAAAGAGACAUCCAGACAUGAAAAUAGAAGAGGUGCCAGAGUUAACCCUGCCCAUCAUCAAGCCUAACAGAGAUUAUUUCUGUCAGUACUGUGAUAAGGUUUACAAGAGUGCCAGCAAACGCAAAGCCCACAUUCUGAAAAAUCACCCAGGUGCUGAGCUUCCUCCGAGUAUCCGAAAGCUGCGCCCAGCAGGCCCAGGAGAGCCUGACCCUAUGCUCAGUACACACACCCAGCUGACUGGAACAAUAGCAACCCCUCCAGUGUGCUGUCCUCACUGCUCCAAGCAGUAUAGCAGUAAGACCAAGAUGGUGCAGCAUAUUCGCAAGAAGCACCCCGAGUUUAUUCAGAUCCCAACAAACACGAUACAUGUGCCAUUGACAACAGCUGUAAUUAGUGCCACCCCUGCAGUUUUAACUGCUGAUAGCACUUCUGGGGAGACAGUCAUGACAACAGAUUUACUGACUCAAGCAAUGACAGAACUCUCGCAGACGUUGUCAACUGACUACAGGACUCCACAGGGCGAGCUCCAGCGAAUCCAGUACAUCCCUGUGCCGCAAUCCAGCACUGGCUUGCAGCAGCCUCAACACAUACAGUUGCAGGUUGUGCAAGUGGCUCAGGCUACCUCACCUCACCAAUCCCAGCAUUCCACCGUGGACGUCGGACAGUUGCAUGACCCUCAGACAUAUGCCCAGCAUGCCAUCCAAGUGCAGCAUAUCCAGGUCACAGAACCAACCUCUGCAUCCCAGCCAUCCUCACAGGUAGGGAGUCAGCCUUUAAGUCCUUCCUCCCAACCAUCUCAGCAGGAACUCAGCCCUUCCCAGAUGCAGACAACCGCCUCAUCACAAAGCCAAUCACAGCAAGGCUCUUCAGUCCAGCAAACAUAUCUCCCCACGUGGAACACUAUCCGCGGCUAUCCUUCUGAGUUUCAGAUGAUAAACAUACCACAGGGUCAGUAUGUGAUUGCAGAGACAGCCGUAGGUACUCCUGUCACUACAGUGAACACAGGGCAAGUGAAAGCACUCACCCAGACACAUUAUGUAAUAGCUGAAGGUCAAACUGAACUGGAUGAGAAACCAAACCUAUCGCUUUCCAGUGGUGUUGAAGUGGAUUUGUCUCAGCCGCCAGCACAUUCUGACUCCUUGGAAUCACAGACAGCAAAUCAGCAGCCAACCACGCAAUAUAUCAUUACGACCACUGCCAACGGUGAUGGAAGUGGCGACGUGCACAUUGAAAAGCCAUGAAACCGCCUUUUGCGGCAGAGAAAUGAGGAAAUCCAACUGACUCGUUAGACCAUCAUCCUAAACAUCUGGAGGCACCAAGAGCAUCUUUCAAAAACUUCAUUUGUCUGUGUUGAAGUUCUACAUCUCAUGCUGAUGCUUUGCAGAAUUUCAGGUCUGAAUGGUACCUGAAGAAGACACUUGCAAGGUGUUUUAGGAUGCCACCAUCUUCUGGAGCCCUUGAAAAAAGGAAAGGGAAAAGGGAAAACGGAAACUAAGCUUCCUCUAGACUCUCUCCCACCCUCUCUGCAAAGGAGCCUUAUUUUAUCAUUUGUGGGCAGAUUUUUAGCAGUGAAGGAAAAGAUUUGCUAAACAUAUAACUGCUGGCAGAAUAUGUCCCAUGUGUGUUUCUGAUCCUUAUACUUAAAAAAAAAGUCUGCCUCAGUAGCUAACUACAUUUCUUUCGGCUUUAUUUUUAAGUAGCCAUGGAAGAAGAGAAUAUACCUGCUUUGGAAAGGAAGAAUAAAUAAAAUAAAAAGCAAAUUGCCUGCAACGAAGAAGCAAGUACAAACUAUUAUUUCCCACAGUGUGCGGGACAGAUGGGACAGUAAAACUGUGAAGCUGUGCAGAAGCAGUUAAAUUAUUAUUUUGGGGAAGCGGGGGAGAGGGGAAUGUUUUUUUAUUUGCACCUGUGAACUGUUUACAUGCUAUCUGCACUGCCCUGGUACUCAGUUCUGGAGAGUAUGAAGGAAGCAGUCUUGGGACCUUCGCAAAUCUCAGACCUAAUCAAAUCAGAGGAGCAUAUAAAGGUAACACUGAGUUUGAACCUUCACCUCUUUGACUGUGUUCCCUCUGCACAAGAGGGAUGAUUUAUUUUCCCUGGCAAACCAAUAAAAAGGCUCGGCAAUGUUUUGAAGGGUGUAA